GUCAAAUUUAAGCAUCACGAGCUCACAAUGCACUUAACGGCAUGCAUACAAUUCCACAAAUAUGAAGAUGGACUCCUACCCACAGUUACAUUAUUCUACUUAUUUAGGUUAUUUCCAUCUUAAUUACAACAGGAGAAGUUGUUACAUUAUACUUUUGCAUUGCAUUUCUCCUACAAGUCAAUAUUUUGACGUCUGCGAUGUUAACGUUGCCGAAAAAUUUCACUGUAUUGAAAAGUGUAACAUUGCCGCGGCUUUCUUCAAUAUCGAGUUACAUCUAGCAUGUCCAAUGAAGAUUUUGAUGUCAAUUUACUUGACCCUACAAAUCAUGAAGUUAGAGCGUCGAAUUCAUCGGACAACUUAGUACAAAAGCCUUCUGGUGUCAUUGAAAUUGGCUGUAGGUCGAAACAUCAAGAAGGUGGCCUAAGUGAUUCUGUCCCAACUGUCCGAGAACAGUUGUUGUUACAACUAGAUGUUACUCGGGCUCGUCUUGUCAAGAACUAUGGUUUCCUUCCUAUGAGCCUUUACUGUCGUAUGCGCAUCGGGGAUGCGAGAUUUGAAACUAAAACCGCAUCAGCGUCUGGGAAACAUCCUAUUUGGAAUGAAACAUUCUGGUGUUGGUUGUAUGAUGGCAUUGAUAGAUUAACUUUAGAAAUUGUUUCAGAAAAUGUCAUGUUUGCAGACUCACCAGUAGCACACGCUGUGAUAAUUUUCCCUCGAUCAUUAUUCGAUGGUAUCCCGUUGAAUCAGUGGUAUGAACUAAGUGGGAAACAAGGAGAAAAUCUUGAAGGUUCUAUUAACUUAAUUUUCCAAUGUCGAAAAGUUCCAAAGAAUGCUCCAGUUCUACAACCCACUCCAUUGUUGUGGCGACUUGAACUGCCGCACAUAUGUGCAAAGUUCUAUGUCGAAAACCGAUCGAUCGAGUCUAGAAAGUAGACUUCUGUUCAGUGAAACUAUUUAAUCGUUUUAAAACAGACAAAUGGAUACUGUUAGAACAAUGUAACAAUGUAAAACAUUGUCAAAACGCGUUGGUUUGAGUUUAUACACUUCAAAACAGAGUAAGAAGUAAGUCUUAUGUAAACUAAAUGAAUUUCAGUUGUGAUUUUGAAUUCCUGGUAGAAAGUGGCCUAAACAUUUCCAAAUUGUUUUGAUCGGUUUUACGCUGUACCACCGAAAGCUGCCUCCGCCCAUUAACAUUCGACAUCUGAAGGACGCCCAUCUAAAAUCCUACACAACUUAUAUUGGGAGUUAUGAAUUUUAUGAAAUAGCAUCAAAUGAUUAGUCUUAGUUUUGUUUGGAGUUCAGUGUACUGUCUGUGUUGAUAUUACAUAGAAAGGUCAAUGAUAGCUCGACCAAUAUAAUACUAAAUAAGAUGUAACAUACUCUCUUUUUACAAUUGUAUACGUUUAUCACUGUCACUUCAAAAUAGCACACUUAUUGCUACUAGCAACUGUCUGUGUCAUAUCUCAAAUAUACCUUUAUUUCAGACUGCCAACCUGGAUUUGGUCAUAUAGGUGAUAUGAGAGUGUUGCCUAAACCAAUAUCAUCUGAAGAUAUUCAAGCAGUACGGGAAAUUUUCCCCUCUGUAGAAGAUGAUACAAUUCGAUCUCUUUUGGUAACCCAUCAUGGGAAUCGAGAAUUGGUUAUCAGUGAAUUACUUCGUAUGACAAAUGAAACAUAAAGUGGAGAUUAUUGUGGCAUAACUAUUAUUAUUUGGAAGAUUCUAAUUUUUGUUUUUCGUUGUUGCUUAUAUUUCAGCUAAAAAGUUGAAUCGUUCUAAAUGAACGAUACUUUAUACUAUGUCUAUACUAUUUCAUAUUACCUAAUAUGGUAUAUUUUUCCAGAGUAUUUUAUGGCUAUGUAUUCUCUAUUACUUGUGCGCUAAUUACCUGUUAUCAAAACUAUUUCUGUAUCGCAGUGAUUGUCAUUUUAAUUUUACACACAUACAUACAACUUAUCUAACAAUAACUUAAUUACUCAUUUAUCGGUUUUUUCUCUCUUUUCAUAUGUUGUUUUCACUUAUCACAUACAUACUCAGGCCUAUCAUCAUAUCAUUUCGUUUGAAUACAAUUCUGUUUGACAGUUUUACUUUCAUAACAAAAGAAACCAAGCAAUGUAUUCUUGUUCAUUUCGUAUGUCUUAGCGAAAUGAAGAAGAUUGUUAUCAUCAACUGUUAUUUCAGAUGUCAUUUCGUCCGUUACCUUCCAGUAUACCUGAAAAUAUGUGUAAUUUAGUAAAACUCUAUGAAUAACUUUGAUUCUCUAUUGUUAUUUUGUGUGCUUGUGGGACAAUAUUGAAUUUCUUUUUUUACAUUGUAAUGAUCAUAUGUACUUAUUAUUUACUAUGCAAACAUGUGUCAAUUUAUUAUCACUAUGUUUAUAAGUCAUACUACCAGCACUAUCAUGAGUAAUUGUGAUUAUAGUUCAUCUGGAUAUUGUGCGUUUAUUGAGUGAAAGAUAUCCAGGUCUAAGCAGUCGAUCCGUAUUCAGUCACGUACUCAAACUACUGUACCAAGCAAGGUAUAAGCAAAUAAAUGGUGUAUUUCUUACUCGUCAAAUA